AGUCGUGUAGACAACGGCUGUACUGGCAACAUUUUUAUGGCUGCCUAGUCAGCACGACACAAUUUGUUUUAUUUCAGAACAGUCGGUGUUUUUAGAGGCCGUGACAAAGAAACUACCCCUCUUCUUUCACCGAGGAAUGUACAUAAGACGGAGGCACUCGAUUGUGGACAAAGCUAACUUUUAAGUGCUAAAUGAGACUCAGCCGUCGAGCGAAAUUGAACUUCAUCGAUCGCGGAUAGUUCUUCUGAAAACACACUCAGCGGAAGUCUUACUCGGAUUAAAAGCAGUGCUUGAAGAAUUGGAUUUCGUGUUAAUACGAAGAGGUUCAUGGGGCAACUAUCUUUUGUAACUUUCUUUCCCUCAACAGCGGUGCAAACUUGUCAUAGUGGCAUACGUUAACGUCAGCUAAUUUUAGCAAGCUAGCUAGGUACAAUAGCUGGCAGCGUAGCUGAACAACUUUUUUUCUUAUGACAAUGUAUUUCACACGUUUUGCAACAGUUAGUUAAUUAGCAAACACGACGAGGCAGUAAAACAUACGAAAUUUAGAAAGUUAAAUAAUAAUUUACGUGCGUUGGUAACUUAUCCUGUGGGCAAUGUCAUGAGUUGUAGUUUUGUUUUUUGGCUCGUGUUUUGAGGAUUCUUCCCGUGUUUCUAAAAACGAGUUGCCCUAAUGAUGCAGUUUGUGGACACCUUCUAACCCCAAUACCGAGCGACCAUGUUGGAUCAUACGGACUAACAUAACACUUGGACAGGAGACGAGCCUCAAGUCGCGCAGUUGGCCCCAUAUUUGUGUGCUGAUGCGAACGGUGGGAACCGAAGAGGAAACCUUUCAUUUGACCUAGGGAUACAGUAGCUCGUCUGAAGUCUUCGUCGGUUUAUGCAUCAAAAUGUCGGCCAUCUCCGCAUCCGAGAAAGUGGACGGGUUUACCAGAAAGUCCAUGAGGAAGGCGCAGAAACAGAGAAAAUCCCAGGGCUCUUCUCAGUACCGCACUCAGAGCGCUCCGGUUGAGCUUUCCCCGCUGCCGCAGCUCAAAGAUGCCCCCUCCACAGAGCAGCAGGAACUGUUCACCCAGAAACUCCAGCAGUGCUGCAUGCUCUUCGACUUCCUGGACUCAGUGACAGACCUGAAGAGCAAGGAGAUCAAGAGGGCCACACUUAAUGAGCUUGUGGACUACGUCUCCACCAACAGGGGGGUGCUGGUGGAAUCUGCGUACCCAGAGAUCACGGAUAUGAUCUGCACCAAUAUUUUCCGGACUCUUCCACCGAGUGACAACCCCGAUUUUGACCCAGAGGAGGAUGAACCCACUCUAGAGGCUUCCUGGCCUCAUAUUCAACUGGUCUAUGAGUUUCUCCUGCGCUUUCUAGAGAACCCAGACUUCCAGCCCAGCAUCGCGAAGCGCUACAUUGAUCAGAAAUUUGUCCUGCAGCUGCUGGAGCUGUUCGACAGCGAGGACCCGAGGGAGAGGGACUUCCUGAAGACCAUUCUGCAUCGGAUUUAUGGAAAGUUCCUGGGGUUGCGGGCCUUCAUCAGGAAGCAGAUCAACAACAUUUUCUUGCGGUUCAUCUAUGAAACUGAGCACUUCAACGGAGUUGCUGAGCUGCUGGAAAUCCUUGGAAGUAUCAUCAACGGGUUUGCGUUGCCUCUGAAGGCAGAGCACAAGCAGUUCCUUAUGAAGGUGCUCAUCCCGUUACACACAGCGAAAGCAUUGUCCCUUUUCCAUGCGCAGCUGGCCUACUGUGUGGUCCAGUUCCUGGAGAAGGAUCCUACACUCACUGAACCGGUGAUCCGCGGGCUGCUGAAGUUUUGGCCUAAAACCUGCAGCCAGAAAGAGGUGAUGUUCCUGGGUGAGAUUGAGGAGAUCCUGGAUGUCAUUGAGCCAACGCAAUUCAAAAAAAUCCAGGAGCCGUUGUUCAAACAGAUCUCUAAAUGUGUGGCUAAUCCACACUUUCAGGUAGCAGAGCGAGCGCUGUACUUCUGGAACAACGAGUACAUUCUCAGCCUCAUCGAGGAGAACAUCGACAAGAUCCUUCCCAUCAUGUUCGGUAGCCUGUACAGAAUCUCCAAAGAGCACUGGAAUCCGACAAUCGUCGCUCUGGUCUACAACGUCCUGAAGACACUGAUGGAGAUGAACUGCACGCUGUUCGAUGAGUUGACUUCCUCCUAUAAAGCAGACAGGCAACGGGAGAAGAAGAAGGAGCAGGAGAGGGACGAGCUGUGGAAGAAGCUGGAGGAGUUGAGGCUCCGCAGCACCACCCUGGUCCAGAACAACAGCCACGGGCUCCCGAGUGUCCAGAACAACAACAACAAUAACAAUAAUAACGAUGACACCCAGGACAAGAGCCUAGACGCUGCUGCCGUCACCGCAGACAACAGCGAUCCCGACGUCAGCGCGGCAGCCAAUGAGAGCGCCUCAUGUGCCAAAUGACACCGGACGUCAAGUUUUUUAUUCCGUGACGGUUUGACGUGGUGUUCAGGACUGUCAGGAGAGGAUUAACGGAGACGGAAAAACACAAAUUACACCUCAACAGUAUAUUAAAUCUACUUAGAGUGACUUAGAACGCCAGCAUUUCUUUGGCAGAAAAAAAAUAUAUAUUUCAACUUAAGACUAUUUUUGGAUGUUACAGUGUGGCUGCAGUAUAUUGUCUAUUUGUCUGAUCAAAGAUGUAUCCUUUCACAUUUAGUUUCUUAACUGAAAAUGAUUUUUUUUUUGUUACAUUCAUUGUAUGAUACGUGGGAGGGGAGAAAAUAAUAAUGACUUGAAUCUAAUGUUUCCGAUUGUGCUGCACUUAGACAAGCCGAAUAGCUAUUUAAAGAUGUCUAUUUUUUAAUGUGCUUUUCCUUGUUGCUGCCAACACUUGGGUGCAAACCUUAAGGAAGAAGGGAACUGCGGACUUUGGGAGUAUUUGGGGCAGAUGGGACCAGAUCCAUAGCUAGACAUUUAGAGUCCAUUAAUGUAUAGAUAAGGGCUAUCAUCAGGAGCAGGAGAACGUAGAGGACAGUUACUUUCCGUUGGAGACAGAAUGGGAGGCGCGUGGCCAAAAGAUGUAAACCCUUGAGAAUAAUGAUCCCAGAUAUGGACCGAUAUCUCUGUAAGUGACUCUAGUUGGGACUAUGAAGUUAAAUCUGGUUCACAAUUAGGGUAAAUGUCAUAUUUGUGAGAUUAUUUUUGUGUUGGUAAAUAUUUUUUUAUCCGGGUGAAAAUGUGAAGCUAAUAGUUGUAACACAACACCUGCGCUUCUAAGAUUAUUCACACUAAAGUAUUGACAACAGGGCUUUCAAAGAAUUAAACGUUUUUCAGCCCGACUGGAAUUAAAGCAAUGAUUUCACAUUUUGAGAAAUUGAUUCAUCAGCUCUAUUGCUGAGAGUUAGAUUGUUAGAUUGAUGCCACUCUCAUGCCUGUGUGGCUGAUAUGAAACUACAGCCAGCAGCUGGCUAGCGUACGUAAGCAUAAAGACUGGAAAGCGUGAGCUAACCUGGCUCUGUCUAAAGCCGCGUUCAUGCCGAUUUGAGCCCUGCGUGAAAGUUGAACCAGGUUCAACUUAAGCUACAAUAUUAUGGGUCAUCCACCAUGGCGCUGCAUCGGCCAAUCACACGUCUGAUAAGAUUUUAAAUGCAUUAAUCUGUUAAUCCAACUAAACAUCUUGGAUUGUGCAAGUUUAACAGCACAGCCUCGCCAACUGCAGCCCCCAGCCUUGUUUUUAACAGGCAGUUUUCUAUCUGAAUCAUCACUUUAGGGGAGGUCUGGUCUAUUUCUCAAUUGUUGUUUUUAAACUUCAAUGCUUGAAACAAUCAGACAAAAAAUAAAACAGGUCAAUUAGUGCACUUAAGAGGUGCUUGUAGGCAGAUUUGCUACAUCUGGACUGAGCCAGGCUAGCUGCUUCUCUCCGUUUCCAGUCUUCAUGCUAAGAUAAGCUUACUGACUGCUGGUUGUAGCUUCAUACUGAGCGUACAGUCAUGUGAGUGGCAAUAAUCUCCUCGUUUAACUCGCAACAAGAAAGCAAUUACAAGUAUUUACCAAAAUGUUGAACUAUUUCUUUAAAGGAAGUCCAUUUAAGAGUUAAAAACAUAUGAAACGUACAGUACUAUAUUUUUCCAGAGUUUUGAGGAGGCCAAUAUUUUUGAAUGUUUCAUGUUGCCGAUGGAUUAUGAUGCAGGAUGGGAUGCAGGAUGCGCUUGAGUGUGUAUAUUUGCUGAGUGCGUAUGUGUGUACAUGUUAGUUUGGAGGCUACUUAAAGGGAAAUGCCACUCAAUUUAAGAGUUUGUGUACAGCACAUUGUUUCCAUGGUCUAGGAAAGUGCAGUCGCUGCAUAGGAACAUAAGUGGUUUUCUGUCUUACCACUUAUCUGGUAUUUUACAAUGCACAAGAGGCUGAUUUUUGUGUAUUGUAAGGUUUUUUUUUUUAUAUAUCCAAACAAGACUCAUUAUAAAGUAGUGAUAUCAAGAAAAUGAAAGCUUAACACCACAAAAUCAGGAUUGUUUUUAGCAUCAAUGCCUGUUCACUCCCUGCGUCUCCAGACUUUAUUAUCUCCUCGCAACUUUAUUUUCCGUGUUCUGACAUUGGGAGUUGAUAGAUAGACUUAAUCUGACUGCCGUAGAUCAUAGGAACAGCUGCUUCAAAUUGAAUGGUGUUCCCUCUGAACCCGACUGUCUGCUCUCUUACUUUUGAGUUCAUAUUUUUUUCGGUCCAGUCUCCUGUGAUGCCUUUGUGUCAGUACUGCAUUCCAACCUCUGUGACAUUAAAAAAGAAAAAAAAAAAUGCGUGGGGAACCUGUUUUGUAAUCGCAGAUCUUAUUUAGGUUUCACCGUCAAAUAAAGUUGACUUUAUCUUUCUA